AUGAUUCCGCAUAGCAUUUCCCACAUCAACAUCUUAGAUCUUCUCCGUCGUAAGAACCGGAAAAAAAGGAUGGAUCUUCCUUCACAAAUUGAUACUACUAGCCUGGAUUACUGGAUGAACUGGAGAUUCUUGUUAUGUUCAAUAUGUGUCUUUGGUUCCAUAAUUUUAGCAUUCUUUCUGAUUUGGAAGUAUGACAACUCACGUGAUUCAGAAACUUACAAAGAGGGAAACCAACAAAAAAAGGCUUGUUCUUUGUAUGAAUGUGAAGCAUGGAUGCCAUGUGUGAAGGAGAUACACCCUGCUUGGUUACUGGCUUUCAGAAUCAUUUCAUUUUGUUUGCUUUUAACCGCUUGCACUGCUGAUGUUGUUCAACAAGGGACUGACUUAUUUUACUAUUAUACUCAGUGGACUUUUACACUGGUUAUCUUCUAUUUUGCGUUUGGAUCAGUGUUUUCAGUCUACGGAUUGUUUCGGUACAACAAGAUGUUUACUGCUUAUAGCUUAUAUGGUAAUGAACAGCAAGCAAUUUAUGCCCCUCUCAAUCAUCAAGAUUUGGAAAGUGCAUCAAAUCAGCAGGAAGGAAGUUGUUUCUUGCUAAGUGCUGAAUUUUGGGGCUAUGUAUUUCAAAUUGUUUUCCAGAUGACUGCAGGGGCAGUGAUGCUAACAGAUUUUGUUUAUUGGAUUGUGAUCGUCCCAUUUCUUACCCUUGUAGAUUAUCCAAUGAAUUUUUUGACAGUUCUUGCACACUCACUUAACCUUGUUUUCCUCCUUGGAGACACAGCCUUGAAUAGCUCGCGGUUCCCUUGGCACAGAAUUUCAUACUUUAUCUUCCUUACUGCCUUUUACGUAAUCUUUGAAUGGGUUGUCCAUGCCUUCGUCAAUACUUGGUGGCCGUAUCCGUUUCUUGACUUGUCUAUGGACCUUGCUCCAUUAUGGUACUUUAUUGUUGCAUUAUUGCAUCUUCCAUGCUACGCUAUCUUUGCACUAGUUGUGGAAUUCAAGUAUCGCAUAUUGAGUAGAUGGUUUCCUGAAUCAUAUCGACGCUUGAGAUGACAUCUUUCCCUUGUGAUUGCAUUUGUGAAACUGUAACCACAAACCCUAGCGAUUGAUAUUGUGAGAAAAAGCUCAAACUGAACAACACAAAGCAACCUUGAAAAAAAAAUUCAUUCGGACUGCUUAUCAUAUCAGAUCAAAAGGUGAUUUAGCAUAUAUAAAUAUAUAUAUGUUGAUAUUAUUUAAGUGAUUUUGAACUUGGUUAUUCUUUGAGAGUUUUGAGGUAUUAAGAUUUAUUUGUUGAAUUGGAUUUACCUGUCAUUGUAUU